AUGACGGACGUGAACGACGCCAAGGCUCAGCGCAAGGCCGAGAAGAAGGCCAAGAAGGCCGCGGAGGCCGCCGCCGCCGAGCAGGCGCAGAACCCGGCGGAGGAGCAGCCUAAGAAGCACAAGAAGCACAAGAAGCACAAGCGCGCCCGCGAGGAGCAGGAGGCCGAGAGCCCCGAGAAGCCCAAGAAGCAGCACAAGAAGGAGAAGAAGGACAAGAAGAGCAAGAAGCACAAGAAGAGCCAAUGCGACGACGAGGAGAACGAGGCGCCCAACACGGACUUCUCCAGCGGCCCGUACCAGCAGCCGGCGCCCAAGGACGGCAGCUUCAAGAAGGCCUUCUACACGGAGGGCAAGGACACGGCCAAGAUGAAGAACGAGGAGGUCUCCGCCUUCCACGAGGCCAACCAGAUGAUCCUCAGCGGAAACAACUGCCUUUACCGCCCCGUGCUCAGCUUCGACGACGUGACCUUCGAGGCCAAGUUCAUGAAGACCACCAAGGGUUUCGACAAGCCCACGCCCAUUCAGAGCCAGUGCUGGCCCAUCCUGGCGUCCGGACGUGACAUCAUUGGUAUUGCCGAGACGGGCUCCGGCAAGACGCUGGCGUUCUCCAUCCCCGGCUUGAUCCACAUUGCGGCUCAGCCCGCUGUGUCCCCCAAGCACCCGGGUCCGCGUAUGCUUGUGGUUGCGCCGACGCGCGAGCUGGCCAUGCAGAGUUCGGCGGUGAUUUCCGAGGCUGGCAAGAAGUGCGGACUGAAGAGCAUCUGCAUCUACGGCGGUGUCCCCAAGCAGGCGCAGAAGAAGGCGCUGCGUGACGGUGUCCACGUCGUGGUGGCUACCCCUGGUCGCCUUAAAGACCUGGUGGAGGAGCGCUCGUGCAACCUGUCCAAGGUGACGUUUGUUGUGCUGGACGAAGCUGACCGUAUGCUGGACGAUGGUUUCGAGAAGGACAUCCGCGCCAUUAUUGGCAGCACCCACCCGGAGCGCCAGAUUGCCAUGUUCAGUGCUACCUGGCCGCAGUCAAUUCAGAAGCUGGCCCACGAGUUCCUGAACGACCCUGUCAAGGUGACUAUUGGAUCGGACGAGCUGGCCGCCAGCGGCAACGUUACUCAGAUCGUCGAGGUUAUUGACGACCGUGCCCGUGACGCCCGUGCGCACGCGCUGCUGCAGAAGUACCACUCCAGCCGCAAGAACCGCGUUCUGCUGUUCGUGCUGUACAAGAAGGAGGCUGACCGCGUGGAGCGUAUGCUGCACCAGCGCGGCUGGAACUGCAUUGCCAUCCACGGCGACCGUAGCCAGCAGCAGCGCUCGGAGGCUGUGGAGCAGUUCAAGUCGGGCGAGGUCCCGCUGCUGAUCGCUACGGAUGUCGCCGCGCGUGGUCUGGAUAUCCCCGGCGUCGAGUACGUUCUGAACUACUCCUUCCCGCUGACGAUUGAGGACUACGUGCACCGUAUCGGUCGUACUGGCCGUGGCGGUAAGAAGGGCACGGCCCACACAUUCUUCACCGCCAACGACAAGCCGCGAGCUGGCGAGCUCGUGAACCUGCUGCGUGAUAGCAACCAGGAGGUACCCAAUGACCUGACCAAGUUCGGUACGCACGUCAAGAAGAAAGAACACAAGCUGUACGGCGCGUUCGCCAAGAACAUCGACGUCAACAAGAAGGCCACCAAGAUCACCUUCGACAGUGAUGGCGAGUAA